AUGAGAAGGUUGUAUGAUACCUGCUUUCAACAUGUCAUGGAUGAGAUUCUCAAUCUCCGUCUUCUGGAAAUGAGGGUAUUUGUAGGUUUGAAUGCUAACCGGGUCAGUGCCGUCUUUAAGUACAAUGGAAUGCUCAUGCCCCCUUUGCGGCGGAAGGCCUUCUGGGGCCUGGAAGACUUGGCUGUGCAGCUGCAGCAAGUGUUAUUUUUGGAGACAAAGGUUGAAGGUGGAAGGAUGAUGAUUGGUGAUUUUGUUGAUAGGAAGCUAGCAGAGGGGACAACAUUCUACAAUGGUCUGAAACAUGAAGUUCGAAGUUCUAUUGAUGCCGCAUCUGGCGGUACUUUCAUGGCAAAAACUCCAGAAGCCGCAAAGACAUUGUUGGAUGAUAUGGCUGCCAACAAUAACCUGAAUGACUGGAGUAUAUCCCGUGGAGCCCCUAAAAAGGGAGCUAAAAUUGAUCAAUUAAGUAGCGGACCAGUAGCGCCUAUUUGUGAGAUUUGUGAAGUGCAAGGUCACUCCUUCACUGAGUGUCAAUAUAAUAAUAUGGGAGCGGGAACUGAGCAUGUCAAUGCCCUCCUUAACACAAAUACAAGGCCACAAAACAACCCAUACUCAAACACAUUUAACCCAGGUUGGAAGCAUCACCCAAAUUUCUCCUACAAAAAUAACCAACCUCAACCUCCACACACCAACUACUCCCAGCCACCUGGUUUCCAACAAAGACCACCAUUCAACCCUUCAUCAUCAUCCUCUCGACCCAACCUUGAGACUAUCAUGGAGAAUUUAGCUUCCUCUCAGGCAAAGCAAGUUGAAUACCAAGCCAAGCAGAAUGAAUUCUUCAACAAUUCUCUCCAACAAAUCACUGCUCAUAAUAAAUUGAUGGAGAGUCAGAUGACCCAACUAGCCCAACAAAUAAGCCACCUCUCUAAACCUUCAGGCCAACUUCCUGGGCAAACUGAACCAAAUCCUAAGGGGCAUAUCAAUGCCAUUUCAUUGAGGAGCGGUAAAGAAUUGCAAGAGCCUGCAAGGAGGGUAACUGAGCAAAACAACACUGCAAAAGAGGUUAUAGAGUUGAGUGAAGAAGUUCAAGAGAAGACGAGUUUAGAAGAUGAAGCUAAGAAGCCUGAGAAGGAGGAACCCACUGUCAAUCCUAUUAAACCAUACAAGCCACCUGUUCCGUUCCCUCAAAGAUUGGCACAGGCAAAACUUGAAAAGAAAUAUGGGAAGUUCCUUGACAACCUGAAGAAGCUACACAUCAACAUACCUUUCUUGGAUGCCAUAUCUGAGAUGCCUUCCUACGCUAAUGCUAUUUUGCAAAAUAAGCUUCCAGAAAAGCUAGGAGAUCCGGGCAGCUAUUCCAUUCCUGUCAAGCUUGGAGACAUUGCUAUCAAGAAUGCUUUGUGUGAUCUUGGGGUUAGUGUUAGUCUCAUGCCUUCUAUGCUCGUUUCUAUGUGA